GUUUGGAAUCGUAGCGGUUCUACAAUCCUUUAGUUAUUUAUUGGUUACGAGUGUGUUUCGUUUUUAAAGAGUGCCGUAUUUGCCAUUGAGCUUUGUUGAUUUGAAGAAGUUUUUUUUUUUAAGAAAUACAAAAUGAAAUUAUUUUUCUGUUUAGCCGCUUUACUUGUGGCAUCAGCUUACGCCGGUGAUACUGCCGCCAAGAAAUCUGCUGAAAAAGUACCCCUAGAAAAAAAACUUGACAAACGCGGUUUGCUCGAUUUAGGUUAUGGCUAUGGACACUCAGGUUUAGAUGUUGGUUAUAUUGGUCAUGGCUCAGUUGCCGGUCAUGGUUAUGGUCUCUCACAUGGUGGUGGUGCCAUUGCUAUUGGCCAUUCUGCUCCAGCUGUUAGUUACGGACAUACAGCCGUUGCUGCGCAUCCAGAAUUCCUAAUUAGUAAACAUGCCGAUGUGCAGAAAACAAUAACAAUUACAAAAGGUGUGCCAGUACCAGUUACCGUUGAUCGCCCAUAUCCUGUUGUGCAUGAAAGACGUGUACCAGUUGAAGUAAAGGUACCAGUGCCACAACCCUAUGAAGUUAUACGUAAAGUGCCAGUUCAUGUUAAGGAAUACGUCAAAGUACCCGUGCAUGUCCCACAACCUUAUACUGUUGAAAAGCGCGUUGAAGUGAAAGUACCAGUACAUGUCGACCGUCCUUAUCCAGUUAAAGUACCAGUACCACAACCUUACGAAGUAAUCAAGCAUGUGCAAGUACCCGUAAAAGUACCAGUACCACAACCCUAUGAAGUUAUUAAACAAGUCCAAGUACCUGUCAAGGUACCCGUACCAGUACCACAACCCUACGAAGUCAUUAAACAUGUCAAAGUACCUGUACAUGUGCCAGUUGAUCGUCCAGUGCCAGUUGCAGUACCAAAACCAUAUCCAGUUACUGUUGAAAAGCCAUAUCCAGUAGUCGUUGAAAGACAAGUCAAGGUUGAGGUACCAGUACGCGUUGACCGACCAUAUCCAGUACCUGUUGAUCGCCCAUAUCCUGUGAAAGUACCAGUUCCAGUGCCACAACCAUACACAGUAGAAAAACAUAUACCAUAUACAGUCGACCGUCCAGUACCAGUGCAUGUUAAAGUACCAGUAGAUCGUCCAUAUCCAGUGCAUGUCACUAAACAUGUACCUGUCACUGUCGAAAGACCUGUAGCUGUGCCAGUAGCCGUCCCUGUUGUUGCCGGCCAUUCAGUUGUACAGCACGCACCAGCUGCCGUAGCAAUUGGUACCGGUUAUGGUCAUGGUGGCGCUUUACUUUCUGGCGGUGGCCAUGGAGGCGCUUUGAUCUCUAGUGGUGGCCAUGGAGGCGCUAUAUACUCUAGCGGUGGCCAUGGAGGCGCUUUAAUCUCUAGCGGCGGACAUGGUGGCGCUAUCAUUUCAGGUGGCGGACAUGGUUUCUCUUCAAGCGGAUAUGGUGGACAUGGCUUUUCAUCUAGUGGUCAUGGCGCAGCCCUUAUUUCAACUGGUCAUGAGUCGUAUGGACAUGGAUCAUACGGUUAUGCACACAAGAAGAAAUAGAUGUAUUCAAACUAACCCAAAAACAAAAAUAUGUUGUAAAUGAUUUUUUUUUAAUACGAAUGAUAGUUUUAAUUUUUUAACAAAUCAAGCAAAUUGCUACAAGGAACGCACUGGAUAUGAUAAAUAAUGAUGCCGACUUCGUCAAGAACACAUACAGUAAUUUGAAUUUAGUUAAUAUAGUAUUGCACCACCAACGAAGCAAAUUUCACGCGACUUCAACUGGAGUAAACAACACUCGAGUUGCUGAAAAUCAUCUUAUGACCCAAAGUCAAUUAAAGUCGUAAUCUGUUAUCAGAAAAUUAUUUGUACUUUAUCUCUGCCACUUAGUUUUUAAGUUGCUUAUUGUAAAUUAUUUCUUACGCAACUAGAAUUUUUGCCAUUGUUUUUAAGCAAAAUCGAAAUCGAAAGUUUUGACAUCCCUGUCUAUUCAAAAGAUCGAAGAAGUUUAGGAUAACCUGCGACUAAAUGCUUGUAAUAUCUCUGGUUACAAACAAUUUAGUUGCAGUCCAUUUAUCAAUGAACUUCCAAAAAAUUGGAGAACAUUCACCGCUUACACUGGAAAAAAUUGUGUUGAAACUUUGAGAGUUAAAUGAUCUGUACCUUGUUGAACAUUGUGAUAUUCUGUUUAUGUUCAUCAAACAAUUAGAACAACAAUUACUCAUAAUUUCUUGCAGUGUAAGCACUGAAAUGUCUUGAAGUGGAAGAAUAAAACGCAAACUUCAACGAAGCUGCCACA